UGUCAGCAUUUUUCUCAUCCCCCUCACCUGUUCCCGUGCUCCUUUCCUCCCCAUCCCCUUCCUUGUCAUAUUCCCCUCAGCUCCGCCUCCCCGGCACCCUAUCUUUGCGUAACACCUCUGCUUCAGUGACGCUUCAACACUAAGAAUAGCUCUUUGUUUGCUAUGUAGACAAAAUGUCGUAACGUGGCGAGACUUUCAACCUUUACUUAACAUCACGAUAGCGGAGGUGUUCAGUGCUCUCCGCCCAUUGGUGUCUUCAGGAGGCAAGUGGUGUUAACGUGAGUGGCGGGUUUCCUCGUAGGCUCCGCCGUGACCCUCGCGCUGAGCUCCCUAUCUCCACAGUCUUACAGGCAGGUGUGUCAGGGCCGCUGAGAGGAUGCCAGACCAGCGGAGUAGAGAGCAGGUUUCGUGUUGCCCCUUCGGAAGGGUCGAACAGCCGUGGCUAGCGUCUCCUCGCCGUUAGUGAGGUGCCGCCAAGUGACCGUCACGUUGUGUUGUAAAUCAUGAGUCUUGGAGGCACAGACAUGGAAGACUGAACCAGUGUACUAAACAGCCUCCCUUGGCCCUCCGCCUCCACGUGAGGCGUUUCAAGUGAACGCAGAUUUUUCUUGUCUGUGUCGUAGCCCUCGGGCCCCCCAACCGGCACCAUGAUGGGAAUGUACGCUCAGAAGUUCCGCAUGCGGCGGUAUGGCGGAUCAGGCAGGGACUCACCGCCCACGAUAGGACACGACCGCGUCAACUACAUCAAUCCCACCAUAAACUACGACAAAUUUCCGCGGAAAAUCCGCCCGAAACGAGGACGGUCAGCGAACGGCAGCGAGAAUUCCCUGAGCUCGCCGGGCAACAGGUCCCGCCGCUGCUCCUGCCUCGAAAACCUAAACCUCACCUCGGAGCAGCUGACGGCGCUGCGCCGCCACUCCGACCACAGCCGCGAGGACGAGGACGGCCUGCUCCUGCAGCAGCAGCAGACCGACGAGAUCCUCCACGCCUCGGCAGACGUCCUCACUAGGAUGUUCACCUGCCUCAACACCAACGCCGAGCCGCCGCCCAAGAACACAACCCUGAGUGACCCGCGGUACGCGAGGCAGCCCAGAGAGAAGUCUGAGGCGUACUCCCCAAAGCAUGGCGGUCGAUAUUCCUACUCGGCCUUGGAGGAUGACGCCGCCGGGGAGCGUCUGGAGAUGGAGAGGAAGGUCGCCAGGGGCACCACAAGGGAUACCUCAGCCCUGGCCGCCAGAAGCUACCUCAGGGGACACCAGCGGUACUCCCUCCUAGAGCACUUACGGGAUAUCGGUUCGCGUAUCGACAAGAACUGGUUUAUCAUUCGUGACGCCUCUGUGAAGACCGAGCGCCUGAUGACCUUGCAGCCUUACGACGAGCACUGCCCCAUCCCCAUGACCCACGGCACGCGCGAGGCACUCAUUGAGCUCUUCCAGGCGCUGCACCACCCAUACAUCUAUCCAGUGCUGGACGUGGACUUUGCCAACAUCUCUUCCCACACGUACAUCGUCACCAUCAUUCCCCACAACAACAAGGGCACGCUCAAGGACCUCAUUUACCGGAGUCACUGGCAAGAUGACUGGGUGGAGAAAUACCAACAGCGGUCGUCGGGGCUGCCGGUGGGCCAGGUGCAGCGGCUAGGGCGGCAGGUGCUGGAGGCUCUGCUCUUCCUGCAAGAUCGAGGCUUUCCUCCCUGCGGCCACUUGCACUCCGGGAAUGUGGUGCUGCAGAACGGUGUGGCCAGACUGUCCGGGGUGGAGAACACACUCCUGGGCCUCACCUCCAGGAUCUACCCAAUCAUUAAGCGCCGCCUCAAGGACAACAGAGACGCCAUAGACUCAGUGUGUUUCGGCCAUGUCCUGUUUGAGAUGUGUGCUGGAUACGAGCUGUCGUCUGCCCACCCCACCGCCAAGCACCUCGAGGACAUCUCCUCCUACCCACAAGUGGUGCAGGUGCUGGAGUACAUCUUUGGCAACGGAGACCAGUACCCGAGCAUUGAGGAAAUCCUCUGCCUUGAUUUCUUCCGUAACUUGGACCUCCGAGAGAUGCGGGCGGCCCCUCUCCCGCUUACAGUGGCUUUGAUGUUCCAGAUUCGGUACUCACCAAUGAUAAGGAACAUCCUCAAGGAAGUUAGAAGAUUCCAAAAACAGAGAAGUGUUCAGCGGCGGACUCGCUCACUAAGCCGUGGGGACACUUUUGAAGGCGAUGAGUACUACCGCCGGGAUCCAAGGCGUGGAAAGCGUGGGGGCGGCACAGCCUCGGGCGGUGAGGGGGGAGGAGACACUCCCACCAGCAGUGAGGCCUCAGCUGGGGGAGCUGGGGUGGGGGAGGACAGUGUGCCCCCCUCCUCAGCCUACAACACUCCCUCGGCCUCCCUAGCUGCCCUCUCCUCCCCAACUUCUGACGUCACCCCGUCCCCUGAGCACCCCACACACCGCCUGCUGGAGGUGCCCUCGCCUCAGCACCCCACCUCCACCUCCAACGUCUGUCAGGAUGUGUUCCACACUCCGCCACACACGCCGCCCACCCCUCAGAACCACCCAAUCAGAAAUAACCAUAUCAGCCAGGCCCACAACGACCGCCCACUAACAACGACUCGAUAUCCGCCCAAAGACUCACGCAGCUCCCAGUGGCCAAACACAAAUCAUCUGACCCAGAAUGGCCAUGCAGGCAAGCGUGGCCAGCCAUGGACGUGACCCAGUAGUAGUAGUGCUGGUGUGACUCUCCUGUCUGAUGCACUAGCUGCUGCACCCAUCCCAUGGCUCCCUCUAUAGUAGUGUUGUUCUUAAUUUGAAUAUUUUCAUUUCUCAUCCCUUUAUUAUUGAAGAAAAAAGAAGAGUAAUUUCUCAUUUUUCAGGCCAUUCGCUAAAAAGUGGAUAACUUCUCCAGUGAUUCAUGCACCUGUGAUGCAAUUUGAACAACUGCCAAAGUGCAAAGGUGCAGGACGUGUGCCACGUGAUUCCCAUAGUCUGUAGUGAGAAUCAUAUAUAAAUCAGAACAGAAGUGACUGUGAGAGGCUGGAGCACCCACAGGGCUGAACCAGUGUCUGACUUGACAGCCCCAUGUCUGGCUGCAGCCCAACACAAGGACAUGGCAAGGACCACAUGGAUGCCGUGAUGUAACCAUGAAAUCAGUUGGUGCAGUGAUGUGCACCACCACUCUGAGGCAGCAGUGGUGAUGUGAACAGUUUUGUUUGAGUGAACACAGUUAAGCACAGGAAUGUUUUGUUCCGAAUUAAGAAAGUUUUCAUAUAAAAAUCUAAUCACAUUAAUGCAAUAAUAUUAAAGUGUUUCAUGUAUGUAUAUGUAUAUAAAUAUAUUUCAUUAUGCUAUGAUUUUAUAAAGCAUGCCACCAUUUUAUAUCCUGCAGCAGAUAUUUUGCUGUGCAUAUCUACUGGAAUUACUGACCUAAUGCCAUUGUAGGUCUUGAGUUUUUGUACAAGAAUUUAUCACUCUAAUCUGAUAUUUUCCUCUGCAUAAAUCUGUCAAUUAAGGAUGUGUUUUUGUCAUGAAAUGUGUGAGGUAACAUUUAAUCACUCAUUGCUUGUAUCUACUUUGCUCCUUUUCUGUACAAGUUUGUGUAUUAUCAGCUGGAACUCCAGACACAAAACUGAAAAUACUGGAAUAAGAAGUCAUCACUGAAUAUAUACACACUAAAAGAAAUAAGUAAAUUUAAAUACUGUAUAUAACAUGUAAACAGAAUUAGCUUAAAAACUGAAUCAAAUCUUUUUCCUGUAAUAUGAAUUUGAUCAGCUGAAAGCAAUUGAUCAAAUGUGCUCGAAGUACUGUACUGUACAAGCAGGAAGAGAUGAGUAAUUGAAAUUAACUGACAAGAUUCACACCAUAAUUUUAAUCUCAAGAUCAGAUAAAUCUCUCAGCAUGACUUUCUUUGGCAUAUAUCAUAAUUAAAGUAACUUUUAGAUGUUGUUCUUUAUAAAGGAGGAACUAGCAAAAUGAUCUUUUAUUGGUUAUAUGGAAUAAUAAACAAGCCAAAGGUUGUUGGAAGCCUAAAACUGCAUGACUUUCUUGCAGUUCAUAACAUAUACAUUUUUACCAUUUAUGAAAAAUUUCCAAUAUUGUAAAUAUUCACACAUUUAUUAAAAGUAUAUCUAUAUUUUGAUCA